GCUAAACAAAGCAACUCAAAAGAUUCAGUAAGAAAAAAACGAUCUCUGCUUGUGAAUGCCGGUCUCUGUUUAGCUCCGGAUGUAUUUCAGAUGGUCCUCGACAGUGAAAAUGACGCUAAAGUUUCUACAGGCAAAAAUAACAAAAAUGAUAAUGUAGCAUAUUUAAGUAUGAAAGCAGAGCACCAUAUGAAAUGUGUCCAGAAGACCGAGGGACACUUGAAUCGAAUGGCAAAUAAAAAUGCCAAUGAAAGGGUCAGACUUUGGGCAGACUUGGCAAAAAUUGCCCAGAAAGCAAGAGGUGUGGAUGUUUGCCGCACAGCAUGUCGAUUUUGCCUGCUAUAUGAUGAUGCCCGCUGGAAGGUCCCAAAACAGGAAAGUUUAAGAAGAAAUCAGCAGUGAGUAAUUUGGAUGAAGGAAAGAAGUGGAAGUGUAGGAGCUUGAAUCAUCAAUUCCAAGAUUAUAUCAUUUAGCGAAGAAAGGUCUUUGCUGAGAACUUUGGCAGAAAUACGGUUUAUCAAUGCAGAGGCGACUAUACACUUGCUGAAAUCAGAAGGUUGUAAACUUAAUGAAUAUCCUAAUCCUCCGGAAGAUACAAGUUUUCACCCAGCAGCAUAUGUUGCAAAAAAUCUUGAGGAACAACCAGAAUGGAUUGUUUAUAAAGAAUGGAUUGUUCAGCUCUCUGUAUAUGCUACAGAAAAUUUUCUGAGAGCUUCUGAACUGGGAGUAGAACUGAACGAAUCUUGGAUAACCCACAAUGCAGCAGUGUACAUCUUAAACUACAACAAAUAUAUCAUUGCAGCUGGAAGACUAACAGAACUUACAGAAACCUUUCAGAAACUCCUUUCAAAUCUCAAGAAAACAGGCCACAGUCGGAACACUGUGCUUUUUGUAACGUUGUCCAAUAAUUUAGCCAGAGGCCUUAUUCUUCGCUGGAUACCUGUGUCAGAAGCGAACAAAAGACCAGAGACAACUCAACAUACAGAGAAGAGCAAGAAAGCUCCAGGGAAACAAUCAGAGAAAUCUAAUAUACCUCAAGCUGUAUCAAUUGAUACGAACGGUGUUCCUGAUGUGAAACUAGCCUUAGAGACUUGCGAAUAUGCUCUGGAGCUGACAAAUGGAAACACACCUGAAGAAUUAGUUCCCAUUUCAAUUCGGCAGGGUGUCCUAUCAACAUGGGUGAAAGCCAAACAAUUGCUGCAGCAGCAAAUUGGGCCCAAACUAGGAACUGAUGAUGAGGACAAUGAUGAAGGACAAAAUCCAAUGACAAGAGUGCUUGUUGCCUUAGAAAUGCAUUCAUGCAAUGGGUUAGGGCUAAAGGACUUUAUCGCUCCAAGUCUGUCUCAGAUAUUCAAAAUGGCUUCUGAAUGUAUCUGGUCAGAUCCACUUAUUGAACUUCAGACACUAACAAGAUUAGCACAUUUUGCGUAUAAUGCACAUGACCAUGAACUGGUAUUGGCAUGUUCCAAGAAGGCUUUAGAAUUCAACAAAGAGACUACUGCAAAGAAAAUUAAUACGCACAGUUUUACUUUGGAACAAGAAAUGUUAAGUGUUGCUGCAUGCAUUCAAGGCCAAAGCAUCAUUGACAAUUGUUUUGGAAGAAAACAUUUGCGUCUUACUGCCAUUCAAGCAUUCCAAUUAAGUGCAAGUUGUGCAGCUGAAGCUGGGAACUUUACACUGACGUUACAGUCUGCCAAGCAUUUCUGGCAUGCAUGUUCUCCUUUUAUAACAUUAGCAGAGGAUCGAGAACCCCUUAAAGAUGCAACCAUUUCUGUUAUAAAGGCGAUUACUGAUGCAGAGUCAAAACUAAAACAGAAACCCAAAACUGAUGUCACAUAUUUGCACCUGUGGCCUAGCAUCGAUGUUCAAAGCUGUGGAGUCAAUACAGAAAAUUCCAAAGAUAACUCAAAGGAUACAGACUUUUCUGAUGAUGAGCACAAACUGAGAGUCUCUCUUUACGAGUUUUUAUUUAAAAUGUAUGAGGAUAAAAAUGACUGGGAAGCUGGGCUGAAAGUGUUGGAUGAAGCUAUCCAAAUUCUACAACGCACUAAACAUAGACUUGUCAUUUUCAAGCACCGUGUACUGGUGAAGGCAAGACUGGGUCAGAACUUUUUUAUGGAUAUCCAGAAGUUCAAAGAUGAAAGUGAAGACUAUCUAUCUUACAUAUGGCAUCUUGUUGCUCUUACUGCUGAAAAUACAAAUGAACAGCUAGCUUGCUAUCAAAAUGCAAUUGAUGCACUUCAGAAACCAGAAAAUGAGUGGCAGAAAGUUGAUUACUUGAUGGAAUUUGCAGAAUGGCUGUACUGCAACCAAUUUCCUAUUAGAGAUGCCCUUAAUCAGCUUGACUGGGCCGUAGAUAUUUUACUUCAGAUGAAAUUUUCAAAUUAUGCUGAAGAAGAUAAGAGUCAAAAGGCGAAGCUGAAGGCCAGAAAAAAAUCUUCCAUGCAUAAAGAUCAAAGAAAUGAUGAAGAUACAGAGGCUACCAAGAGUGAAGAUGGCGACACUUUUAACAUUUCCCAUAAUGCUUUUGAAGAUUUAAGGAAUGUGAGGCAGCUGGAGACAUUGGUUCGAGCUUACACAUUAAUGGCAGUUAUUUGCGGUCCCAGUUCACCUUAUCAUGAACAACAUUGUCUAAUGGCAUAUGCUUAUGUUAUGCGCAUUUGGAAAGUGUCAUUGACAGCAGCAGGGAGUUUUAUUAAAACUUCACAAAAAAAUCCCCCACCACCUCAAAACCCACAGUCUGCGUCAUCACAAAAGGAAAAAGGCAAAAAAGACGUAAAAGAGCCUAUUAUGAUUAAAGAGAAACCGAAGCGUAAAGGAUCAGUCGAUGUUUUACCUUUAAGCGCAGAGGAAUGGGCUGUCUAUGAUUGUCCUGAUGAAGUGAGAGAUGCAUUUAAGCUGGACACAUCAUGCAGUGUAAUUAGUCGGAAUACUAUUGUAAAACCUACAUUCAGCCUUUACUACCUCGACCUGUUAAUAAAGGAGUUGCUUGGUAUUUCUUUUACUCAUCUGACCCUUCCUGUACUUCAUCUUGCUGAAGUGAUUGCACAUGAUGCUGUGGAGAGUAAAAGUCUUUCAGAUUUCUAUCAUUUGAGACUUUGUCAAAUAUGUGCAGAUCUAAAUUUGCACCAAGCGGCCUCUUAUCACGAGAAAGCGGUUAGUAAUAUGUUCAUCACUGAACAUGAGUUGAUAAGCUGCAGACAAGAAAUGUUGAUUAAUAAGACUAAAAAGAAGAAUGAAAUGUGUUUGGAACAAUCGACUAACCAUCAUCUGAUGCAUAAAAAACCAAAGAUUUUAGCCUUGCAUGCAACUACAAAAGGACUGAGUGGUUUGAGUCUACCAUAUCUUUGGAUGGACAAAGCCUAUGUGCUGAUACAGCUUGGCUUUUUUCAUCCAGCUAAACAUCUUCUUUCAGAAGCUUACAAAUGUUUUCAGGAAUUCGGAGAUAAUCAAGACAUAUCAAAAUGUCUUUACCUGUUAUCACUAAUUUCAAACAGUGAGAAUAAUCAUGGACAAGCUAAAUUACUGUUAAUGGAAACUCAACAUAUAGAAAAUGAUGCAGAGUUUUUGUAUAAGGCCACUAUGAGCAUGGCAGAUGCGGUUUUAGGGGAAAAUGGCCAAAACAAGGAAGACAAGGCUUGCAAAAUUUUGGAAAUGACUUUAAAUGUUUUAAAAAACUUGAUGCCAAAGCAAACUAACCGUAGAUCAGAACUUGGUUACUUUUUAGCUUCACUGCACACAAGAAAGCUUUCUAUUCUUACACAAAUAUCAAAAACAUUUAUCAGUUGUGCAUCUUCUCAAGCAACUGUAAGGCUGCUUGACGUCUGUGAUAAAUUGAAUCAAAUGGAAAAUGAUCUCCUAUGUUAUGGAUACAAAGAAUUCAUGACAGAAGUCAUGAUGGAACACUCAGAAGUUCUCAGGACUCUUGCAAACAUUGCCGAAGAUACAGACCGUAAGCACAGCUACUACUUAGAUGCCUAUAGGACAGCAGAGAGAGCUAUUAGUAUACAUGAACAAGUGCUGUGCAACACCCAGCGGUUGUUUUCAUUUAAAGAGGUACGUAUCAGUUUGCCAAGUAUGAGGACAAUUGCUAAAAUGAAGCUAAAGUUUUGUGAACUCUCUUUGGAGAUGAUCCAACUAAUUAUUACUGAAGAAAGCGAGAAACUACAAGAACAAAAAAGUAAAGGAAAACUCUGUGUAGCUGUUGAAGAAUUUGUAAGAUCCACACCAGAUUACAAUUCAAUAGAACAGGAAUGGAAAACAUUAGGACACAUUUUGGGAUCUACAGUCCUUUCUCAGUUGGCCAGUGUAAUGACCCUUGCUAUGGGCUGCAAUGAUCUGAAAGCAAAGUGUUUGUAUUAUACUGGAAAAUGCCUCUACGUGCUCUCUGUUAAAGUUGAUCCACUUAGUCAUGACAUGUACUGGAAUGAAACAUUUUUGGAUGAAAGUAAAGCUGUUAUGUCAGAACAAGAUAAUGAUGACUUUGAGUGGUCUACUGGUUUUGUACAACUCACUAAUAGACAGCAAGAAACAUUAAGCAGAAAAACUAUGGAACUAAAGAGAAAAAGGGCAAUUGCCCAGAAGUACCUUGCACAAGCCAGUGAGAUUCUGCUGCAGUCCAUUAAUACUGCGAUAAGUAACAACCUCCUGAGUACACUGUCCACUGCGAGUCUUCAAAUGUGUUCUUGUCUUGGACAGUUUGAUCCAACUUCAUCUGCUAUGUUCUUGGCUCUUUAUCAGAGCAGUUCAGCUUCUAUGAUAAUGAAAGAUGCUGUGAGUGCCGCUAGUUGUAAUACCAGUAGUUCACAGUUUGCAUCACUUUUUCAUCUUCACCAGCUUCUGCAAAAGAAAGGUGAUCCCAUGACUAAUCUGCAAAAAAAUAUUGAGCAAAAACUUUCUGCCACUUCAAAGGUAUGGGAAAAUUUUAAAAUUAGCAUCCAGCAUCUCAACAUAUUUAAUGAUCUUCCUCCCAACUUCAAUGUAAUCAUCCUACAGCAUUCAGAAGACAGAAGUUUUCUGUAUGGUGCUUUUCUUGAAAAUUCAAAAGUAAACCCUGUACAGAAAGGAAAAACAAGUCAACCGCAAAAAAACUUGCGAGCAAAAGUCGUCAGAUGCGCGGUCAGUCCUCAAAUGUUUAUGAACUUGCUGGAGAGAAUGGAACUGUUCAAACAUGAUAUAAUGUACCUGCUCCUUAAAAAAGACAAUCAACUAAGUUUUAACAAACAGAAUCACUCACAUGAAAAAACGCAAGACGUCAACAUAAAUGCUGGAAUGAUUUUUUUAACAAAUACAGAAGAUGAAGAUGAGAAGAAGAUGUCAACAGCUUUCCAUGAAAUUGUUGAUGCAAUGGAGGAGUAUCUAAAUCCGGUUCUGCAUCAGUUGGAUAUUUCUUCUUUUCGGCAAAUAUCUCCACUGCUCUCGGCAUCUGAGUCUGGUAAAGUAAAGUCUAGAGACAAAGAAGAAAAAACAACAGAAUCCGAUAGAUCUAAUGUAGACACCGGAGAAUACAUAAUAUUACUGGCAGACAAAGCUCUUAUGGAGUUGCCUUUAGAAGCAAUGAGUACUUGGAAGGAAGAUUGGAUAAGCUCAGUUUCAAGAGAUUUUUCUCUUCAGUUGUUCUACAAUAGGAUGUGCAAAGAAGACAAAGAAGAGGAUGAAGCUAAAAGAGAUACAAAGAGUGGAAAAGACAGAAAGCCAAAGUCUGGACAAAAAAAGAACAUAAAGAUUGCACCUAUUGAUCGUACGUUACCGGCAAACUGCAUUUCCCUUGAUACUCAUAAAUUUAAAUAUAUUGUGGAUCCAUAUAAUGAGGAAAAUGAACCUGAAGAAUUCAGUCCAGGCUUUAGAAUGAAAAGAGUUAUUGAAAAGUACAAUCAACAAUUUACACCACUUUGGGAUGGAAUAAUAGGCAGUUCUCGUGUCCCAAGCCAUGGUGAAUGGGAAAAUGUAAUGAACAAUUGCAGUGCAUUUGUCUUUUAUGGAACAGAGAGAUUCCUGAAUAAUAUUUUGCUUGAUAAGUUGGUUGCAAUGAAUUUUACAGAGUGCCAGAUGAUGAUUCUACUAGACCUGGUUCGAACAAAUCGUAGCUUCCUAAGACAGUCAAAAGUCGAUGUGCAAAAAAGUAAAAUAUACAUGGCAUUGGAGAGACCUGUGGAAACAGCUAUCUUGCUCAGUGUCUCAGGUAUUCGUUCUGUCAUGCUCAAUCAGUGGCAUACAUCUCUGGACCAGAAUGCUAAAAGACUUGACUUUUUGUCAGAAAAUUUGUUAGAGCUUGGAAAGACAACAGGACAGACAAUUCAUUAUCAGAGAAAAUUUGGAAGUGAAUGUGAGUCGUCAGAAG